AUGGCUCCGUACAGUGGUUUAAAGCAGCUGGAUGUCAAGUUACUCAUAUUUCUAGCCGAACAAACGGAAAACACGACGGCGCCACUAGUGCUCAAACGCUUGUGUGAGCUCUUCGCAGAAUCGCAGACGCCGCAAAAACCGGCGGCUAUGUAUGCAAUUCGAAUAAUUCGAUUUCGUCACAAGAUUCAUCUGAUAGAUGAGUUGGAUAUGGACACAAGAGUGAAGAUAUUGUUCGCAAUAGGUGCACCAGUCGAUUCGGAUUUCGUGAAAAAACUUCAAAAAAGAGCUUCUGUGAAAGUUGACGAGGAAGCGAGAAUCAUUGAAUACGUGGCAAACGAUGGGAGUCUGACGUUGAGAGGCAAGCACAAAACAUCUAAAAGAAGAAGUUCAUUGGCUGUAAAUUCUGCGAGAAGCGGACAGAAUCCACGUGACGAUGAAGCGAUAGCUGAUGAUGAGAGUCUGAUGAAUAGAAGAAGUGCUAUGGAUUCAAGGAGAAGCGAGCUGAACAAAAGAGCACACGACGAUUCAGACGAGGAUUACACGUCUUCCCCAAAAGUGCCACGUGACGAUGAAACGAUGGCUGAUGAUCAUGGUCCUGGUCCAUCACAUCGAAUUCAGUUGCCAUUCAAGGCAGAACCUGAAGAGAAACACGAUGAAGAUUUGAUUCAACGAGAAAUCAAAGCAGAGCAUAUGGAACAACAUCCUAGGGUUGUUCCUAAUGAUAUGCCGGCUGGUGAUGUCAGCUCGAAGAAGGUUCUAGAGUUCCUUCAAAAUUUGGUCUCCACCUUGGAUUGCCACACUUUGAAAGAGCUGGAAAGAAAAAUUGAAGAGGCUCUUGGCGAUCCGGAGAUCCAGAAUCAGAGCAUCCCAGCCGAAAUGCUGGUUGCUGGCCUUGAAUCGAAUCUAUACACAGUUAGAAGACGUGCCACAGUUGCUGGAACGGCGGAUUCAACGAGCCUCGAGAAAUUUCUGUUGAUUCUGAGCUCUACACUCCUCUACUUAGGAUCUCCGUCACUGGCUUCACUCUAUCAAACCCUCAAAGAAACGAUUCGAAACUUGAAAGGACAGGAGAAGCAAAUUUCAGAAGACGUCAUCUGUAGAGCGAUUGAGAAUCUCUUCAUGCUUGUUCAUGACUGA